AUGUCCUCCGACCAAGUUCGCGGUCGAGCCAGGGAGUUCGUAGAGCUCCACGACCAAGUUCAGACCAGCGUCCAACUUCUCGACUCUCUAGAGUCAUUCCUCUCGACGUUCCAGAAAGACCUGUCCGCCGUCUCGGGACAGAUAUCCGACUUGCAAGACCGCAGCAAGGACAUUGGGAGUCGCUUGAGGAGCAGAAAGAGAAUCGAGAAGCCGCUCUCCAGCCUCCUGACGGAGUUGACCAUCCCGCCCCCUCUCGCGACUACCAUACUUGACUCUGAUGUCGGAGAAGCAUGGAUUCCUGCCAUCGAAGACUUCGAGCGUCGUCUGGAGAGGCUAAAGUCUCGGUCACGAGUACGAGCGGCUCGAGAUUUGGCAGAGGUGGCGGAGGGCUUGCGCAUCGCCGCAGCGACGAAGCUGCGCGCAUUCUUCCUUGCCCUAUUACAGCCCAUACGAACGAGCAUGACGACCAACAUGCAAGUCGUCCAGUCGUCGGUGUUCUUGAAGUAUCGACCGCUGUAUGCGUUCCUCCAACGCCAAGCCCCAAAUGUGGCGCAGGAGGUGCAGAAAGCCUAUGUAAGUGCGGCGCGCACAUACUACGAGACUGGCUUCCGCCGCUACAUGAGGACGCUCGGCUGGAUCAAGGCGAGGACCAUCGAGAAGGCGGACACGUUGGUAUCAGAAGCGACAGAGAAGAAAAUCGACGUCGAUAUCGAACGCCUUGAACACGCCCGGAUCGAAGGCCCCGGUGUGACCCUUGCCUACAUGGCGGACGAUAAGGCCUAUAAAGAUCACAUCGAGAGCUUGUUUCGCUCGUGUAUGCUAGUCUUGAUGGACAAUGGAACUGCCGAAUACUCGUUUGUCACGAUGUUCUUCGCACCAGAGCCCAACCUUCCCGCAUCGUCUUCGAAGGACUCCGAUGCGAAUAUGUUUUCUCCGAAAUUAUUCCCUGCGGACGAUCUACAGUCAGUGCAGGACACGGACUUUGGCGUCACGACACCUAGGGCUUCGAGGCACCGCACAGAAAGCCUUUUCAGCACCGACAGUAUGCCCCUUGAUCAAACACUGACGAAGGAAGAGCAGAAUGCGUUGAAUACGGUCUGGAAGCAGAUAAUGGACCCAGCCCUCGAGCAUGCCCAGAACUUCGCGCGAGCCGCGUUUGAACCGCCUCCGGCUGUCAUUCCGCUGUUGACCAUGAUCCGACUGACUGAGAGUGUCAUGCUGGAGGUGCAGAAGCGGGGGUGUUCGCCGCUCGAGUCAUUUGUAUUUGGUCUUCGACUCCAGAUGUGGCCCCUCUUUCAGAAGGCGAUGUCCGAUCAAGUCGAUGCGCUGAAAAAACUCGCAGAAGGUGCAGGUGGCGGUUAUUUCCGACGCGCUGUCGAGACCACGGACGCUUCGGUCAACAAUAUAUGCAAACGAUACAUCGUGCUCUUCCUGUCAUUUGUUAUGCUGACAGAACAGACCGAGGAAACGAUGAUAUUCUCGAACUUGCUGCGACUGAGGCAGGAGUUGACCAAGCUGAUUGAGACGCACACGGACAAAUCCGGUGAUGGCCUUGCAACAGCGACCACCCGAUCAUCAAUAUUCGAAGACCUACUCCAAGGCCUCAAUCGCGGUUUCCGUUCUGCACCGUCUCACCCGAAAGCGCAGACUGAGAUCACUUAUUGGCGAGAGAAGGAAGAGGAGGCUCGCAAGCGCAUGGACACGAUCACUCAACAACGUCACGUCAGGCCAGGCAGAUAGAGCGCUAUUAUGACAUCCAUUACUGUAUCAAAAGAAGGUGGUAUACGUUGCUAUUGCAAGUGCAAGAGAAAGUGCGGGAGAAAGUGCGAGAUGACGUACUGUAUUUGUGAAUCAAGUCCAACAUAAAUAAUGCAAAGUGUUCGUCCUCCUGUUAUCUACUGAUGGAGAUUCUCAU